CCAGAGGUUUGCACGCCAGCGCAGUCGGUUGAGGAAGGCCGCCCCAUCAAAAUCCAUCCACUGUAUCGUCAAGUAUGAUGUCAUUGCUUUAAAUUGUGCAAUUGGUGUGUUUUCAAUUGUUUUCAUUUUAUGUUGGUUGGGAUCUCUCGACAGACAUUUUUUUGGAUGCCAACGCUGGGACGCGUGCGCUGGUUCAAGCCGUGUUGGGAUGUGGGCGCGAUGUUGUAUUAGGCUGUAUGGUCGAAGUGGACGUGUUACCAGUAGAGGCAGAUGACGAAGAUGUCCAGGGUGCAGAGGCAGGAACUUGCAUUGGAGCUAUCAUGGCCCAUGCCUUGAGCGAUGAUGAAGAAGAGGUCAAAGGUGCCCACCAUGGUCGACCACAUCCUCCUGGCAGAGCAACCGCAGAAAAGCAACAGAGAGGUCCACACCCUCAAAUUAGCAAACUGCUUGCUAGCCCCAGGCGCUACACGGAGUUGCGCGAGUAUGUGAAAUACCAAGACUUUUGGCGAGUGCCUCAUUUCUUCAGAGACAUGGAGGCAGAUCUGGAGGAUGAGGAAGAGUACAUCGAGUCGUUGCAUAUGCCAGAGGAGGACGAGCCGAAACGGCGGGUACGGCUUCUAGCCCAAAGUGAGAGAGAGUUUCUCAUCCAGGGCUUGCGGCAGCAGUUUCAAAAAGCUACGGCCGCUUACUUGACAGCAGCUGCGGCAGCACCAAACAGCCGACCGAAGGAGCAUUUGGAAGACUUGGAGCGGAUCAAGCAGGACAUUGCCAAUCUGAGCCAUCCUUAUGUUUUUGUGGAGGCUUGAAGAGUUGGUGGCGCAGUGCUGCGGAUCACUGCGGAAUGCCGUGCAGAUGAUUUUUCCGAUGAGCUGUGUCACCCGCAUCAAAGAAUCCGGUCCCAUGAAUUCAAUGCAUGCAUGAUGCUCGGAAAAUA